CUGCGCCGCAGGGCCGGGGAAGCGCGGGCACGCUGUGCGCAGCUGCCGCCGCUGCGUGGGGCCGCAGAUGGAGCCUGCCCCCGGCGCCGCAGAAAAUUCUAAGCUGAGACAUGUAGAAAAAGAUGUUUUGAUUCCACAAAUAAUGAGGGAUCGAGCCAAGGAGCUGUGUUCAGAUAAGGUGCAAGCAUUUACUAAAUGCUGUCAAGAAACUGGUGUUCUGAUGGUGGUGAAGUGUCGGCAGGAGAACGCAGCACUGAAGGACUGUCUGGUUGGCUACUAUUCUGAUCCAUCAUUCUAUGAAGAAUGCAAAGCAGAAUAUUUGAAGCAAAGAGAAGAAUACAGAGCAACUGGAAUUAAGAAAAAAAGACAGAAGUUUACUCAGAAUAUGUGAUUAAAACUUAAAAUGAACUUUUUUUACAUGCAAUUUAGAUUUCACUUGAUUUAAACAGACUUAAAUUGUCUGUACCACUCUCUGUGGAGUUUAACUGAAAUACACAAAAUGAGAUUAAUGGAGAAUAAAAUAAUGUCUGAAAUUAA